AUGUUUAGGACCAAACGAACUGGGCUCGUCCGGCGACUCUGGAGGAGCCGUGCGCCGGUCGAGGGCGACGGGGAUGCGGAUACACGAACGCAUGGAUCCGGGGGUUGCUGUAUGGGUAAAUCGACGAAGGUUGCCGGAAAAACUAGCGCCGGAACGGAUGCUGAAUUGAAAUCCCUGACCCACUCGAUACUGAAACAAAUAAAAGAGAAACAAUUAGAGGGGCUCUUGCAAGCGGUCGAGUCAAAGGGGGGUGCGCGGAGCCCCUGCCUGCUCCUACCCAGCAAAGUGGACACCAAACUGGGUCAGCAGUCUUAUUCCCUCCCCUUGCUGCUCUAUAAAGUGUUUCGGUGGCCGGACCUCAUGGAUUGCUCGGAAUUAAAAAGGCUGUCUUGCUGUGAAUCCUAUGGGGAAAUUAACCCAGAACUCGUUUGCUGCAAUCCGCACCACAUGAGCAGGCUUUGUGAACUCGAGUCCCCCCCUCCUCCUUAUUCCCGAUAUCCAAUGGACUUUCUUAAACCACCCGAUUCUCCAGACUCGGGGCCUUCAUCCACAGAGACUGGAGGAACUACCUACUCGGCCCCUGUGGGGCUCUCAGAUCCCCAGGCUCUCCAGGAGUCGGGCGACAGAUCCCACUGGUGCGUGGUCGCGUACUGGGAGGAAAAGACCCGUGUGGGGCGCCUCUACUCGGUCCAGGAGCCUUCCCUGGACAUCUUCUACGACCUACCUCAGGGGAACGGCUUCUGCCUGGGCCAGCUCAGCUCCGACAACAAGAGCCCGCUGGCUCAGAUGGUGCGGACCAAGAUCGGCUACGGCAUCCAGCUGAGUCGCGAGCCCGACGGGGUGUGGGUGUACAACCGCAGCUGCUACCCCAUCUUUAUCAAGUCGGCCACACUGGACAAUCCCGACUCGCGGACUUUACUGGUGCAUAAAGUGUUCCCCGGAUUCUCCAUUAAGGCCUUUGACUUUGAGAAGGCAGACAGCCUGCAGAGGCCUAACGAUCACGAGUUCACACAGCAGCCGAGGACUGGGUUUACUGUACAGAUCAGCUUUGUGAAGGGCUGGGGUCAGUGCUACACAAGACAGUUUAUUAGUAGCUGCCCUUGUUGGCUGGAGGUCAUAUUCAACAACCAAUAAAAACGGAUUACCUUUGGAUAACCUUCCUCCCCCCUCUUCUUCCUCGUUCUCCUCAUUCGAGGACCAGGUGGGAACGGAGGUCAGAGACUAGUCCCUCACCUUUCCUUUUUUUUCCCAGAAGACAGUGCUUCAAAAAGGAAGAUGUUUAAAGAAGAGACAAACAAAACCCAAUAAACUUGUUAAAUAUGACAAAUGACUCAAAGAUUUAAUUAAAAGUGAAAUUAAAAGCGAAAAUGUAUUUUAUGUUAUAUAUAUAAAUAUAUUAUUACUUGUAAAUAUGAAGACGUUUUAUAUGCAUCAUUAUUUAUGUAUUGUGCAAUGUGUUGAUGAGAAAAAUAAAAUAAGAUGCACUUUGCUUAAUAUAAAUACAAACAAAGAAAUGCCAAAAUAAAUAAGAGAAAU